CUAAGCAGCAGGAUUUAUACAUAAAGGAACCUAGUUGUAUAAAACUUUCUUUAUUGUAAAAAUUAAUUAUUAAGAAAAAGCACGAUGUCAACAAACUUCAUGCCUCAUGGGUCUAACCCACAAACCGCCUCAUAUACCUGUAAUACAUGUGCCAUCAAAUUCCCUACUGCGGAACUUCAAAGAAAGCAUAUGAAGGCAGAAUGGCACAGAUAUAACUUGAAGAGAAGAGUUGCUGACCUUCCAGCGAUUAGCUCCAGCACUUUUGCCGAUCUUGUGUUGACUCACCAGAAGCUGGCUGAAGAUGAAGUGGAUGAAUUUGGAUUUGCAAUCAAUCAUAGAAAACCGAAAUCGGGCAACCGUCAAUUGACCAAGAAGGAGUUGAGAAGACAAAUGAAGCUUGAAGGUAGAGUUGGAAGGGUUGGAGAACUUGGUGAAAUCGAUUCAGAAUCAGCCGCUGCUGAAAUUGUAAGAAGUGAAUCUCCAGCAUCGAUUAGAUCACAAUUUUCUGAAUUCUCAUUGGGAGACCAUCAUUCCCUUGUUUCAUCACACGCUGCAUACUCGGACAUUGAUUCCAAUGUCGAUAGUUCAUCUGAAUAUAACUUUACUGACAAAUCGCAUACAGACUUGGAAGAAUUUAGCGAAAGCGACUCGGAAGAUGAAGAAUACUCUGGCAUUGAUUCAGAUUCUUACGAUGAACUUAAGGAAGAAAUCACCACUACAACAUGUUUCUUCUGUGGAUUGAAACAUACCGAGAGAGAGGACAAUAUUAAACACAUGUUCUACAAGCAUGGUUUAUAUAUCCCAGAAAGAUCAUAUUUAGUAAACCCUGAUGGACUUCUUUUGUUCCUAGCAGAAGUUAUUAUGGAGGAUUUAGAAUGUAUCGUCUGUGGAUUCCAGGGAAAGAAUUUAGAAAGUGUGAGACAACAUAUGUCAUCAAAGGGACAUUGUAAGAUCCCAUACGAAAGUAAGGAAGAAAGAGCCGUUAUUAGUGAAUUUUAUAACUUUAACGUUGAUGAUCAAGAGAUUAAAAAGAAUAAAAAGAAGAAGUCUGUUGCAUUUACUGAAGGGGAAGAUUUUGAAGUGAUAGCAUCAGGUUCUGCCUCUGAAGAAGAUGAAAACGAAGAAUUGAAUUCCGACGAAGAUAGUAACUAUACUACAGUGCAGGUUGAUGCCAGUGGAGUUGAAUUAACUUUACCAACCGGUUCACGUAUUGGUCAUAGAUCAAUGACAAGAUACUACCGUCAAAAUUUACCCCUUUCUCGUGACUUGAAGGAUUCUGAAAAGACACUUGCCAUGACUGACAGAAGAUACGCACCGGGUUUAACUGUUGCAGAGGUAACAAAGCAAGAAAAGAUUGUCAGAAGGGUAGAGAAUAGAGCCAAAAACCAAUUCUACAGGAAAGAUAAGAAUAGUCAAAUUAACUUCCAAAAGCAUUUCCGUGAUGAAUUAUUGGGACCUAUGUGAGUUAAAUCAUUACACUCAGAUUCUUUUUUUUUUUUUUUUACAUCACUUUUUUUUCUAUUUUAGUACUACAUGACAGUUAGAGUGAGGUAUAGCAGAGCACAAAACUACUAUAGCAAGUUCGAGAUAAAUAUACACUUCAUACAGAAAAAUAGUUGUAGUUCUUAGGUUUUGUAGCGUUUUAAGGACAGGGAAUAAUAAUAAAAUAAAAAUAAAAAAUAAAAAAAGAAAUGCAAAUUUAGGUAAUGCGCGACUUCAGGUAAAGACAAAUUAAUAUAGGGGAAGAGACUUCAAUCAAUACCCC